GCAGCGUUCACAGAUACGGGACGACCGUAGUGCGAGAUGGCCGCGUCCGUGCCGGCCUGCGCGCCUCCCAUGCGCGUGUUUUGACUUAUUUUUGACAAACGACAGCCAUAUUGUUUGAUUAUCGGAUAAUUACAAAUUAAUUUCUCGAAUCGAUUAAAAUCCGUCGUCGAGUGAAAAUUUGAAAUCUUGAACGCGGCCGUAAUAAAAACAAAAGCGUUUUUUUUUCUUAAAUGCUCCGUUUGCAUACGUGUGGUGACAUUUUGUGAUUAUGAGUGUUAAGUUCUUGUGUAACUAUUAUUAUUUGAGUUUCUUAUCGUUGAUUCAAUAUAAAUUGAUUAAUUGUGUCGUUUCACGGCGUACGGCUGGAUUCGUGGUUAACAUUGUUGAUAAUUUGGAAGAAAAUUAUGGAUGUUAAUUUUUUGUUUUGAUUUUCGGACGUCAAUAAAAAAAAAACAUAAGUCUGUGUGUGUGAGUGAGCGUACAGUUGUGGUAGUAGUUGUACCUAUCUUUGUGUGAAGCGUCUUAAUUUAGAUCAGUGAAAAAUAAACUGCUGAGUAGUUAUACAGUCAGUGGGUUAAAUUUAGUGCAUUCUACGCUAAAGUUCAUAAUAUAAUUAUGCAGAAUGGUGAAGUUUUGGUGACACUGGUGACAAGAAAUGCGACCGUCUUUUGGUUGUUGUGAUGUUUUAGUGCUCGCUUGUAAUUCGUGCUUCCUUUGUCUAUUGGAUUGCUAAAAUUAUGGAUAAACCAUCGAUUAAGCUGGUGGGCGCUCCGUGCGGGCAGCACGGCCAGUACACGUUCUACAAGGCGCUCCGAGUGUGCGGCGCCGACGAACGCAUCCUCGCCAUCGGGGACUUCUUCUUCGUCAGGAUCUGGCAGGACUCCGAGCUGGUCUCCAUCGGUGAGCUGCAGCUGCUGUGGACGGACCGCGUGUCGGACCAGACCCUGGUCAGCCUGCGCCUCUACUUCCUGCCGGAGAACACGCCCGACGGACGCAACGGACAUGGGGAGGACGAAGUGCUAGCGAUCAACGACAAGGUGGUCUUGAGAGCGGACGACCUGCUGAGCUGGUUGUGCGACGGGGGCGACUGGCGCUGGGGGCUGCGGGCCGUGUGGCGCGGGGCCUGCGCCCCCCCGGCCGAGGGGGACGCCACGGCGCCGCUGCACAAGACCAAGAUGGACUUCAGCGAUGUGGAUAAGGAGAAGAGCGCUAUACCGGUGGACCCAUCCCGCGCUGGCGUCGUAGUCUUCUCGUACGGUCGCUACUGCCGCUACCGCGCGUUACUCUCGCGCCUCGAGGGUCUCCAGGCGGACUGGCUGAGGCAGGCGCUGGUGGCGGCGCUCGGCGGCUACGCGGCGCCCACCAGCAACACCUGCAUCCUGUACUGCAAGGACACCUUCGAGUACCCCGAGCUAGAGGGUCACGAGCUGAUCUGCAACCAGCUGGCUCCCCGACUGAAGGGCCGCCCGCGCCGCCGCCGCCGCCGCGCGCGCUCUCUCUCGCACUCCAGUGAGAGCGCCGACAGUGGGAGCGAGACGCAGAACCGGUACACGCAUACACAGCCAUCGAACCAGCGCCGCCCAUCCCUCCGCAACGGCAAGCAAGCCACCAGCACUGAAGAAGAAGAAGACAUCUCUGCGCCAGCGGACGAGGAGGCCGACCGAGCCUUCCUGAGGCAACUCCGAGCGUUCUACAAGUCGCGCAACGAGUCGUUCAAGAAGGCCGCUAGUUUAAAGGAUUUGUCCCUCCGCGCCCUCUACCUGUCAGUCCGGCGACGCGGCGGCUACGCGGCCGUGUGCCGGCGCCGCGGCUGGCGCUCCCUGCACGACGCCUUACAGCCUACUGCGCCCCACCCGCACCACUUGACCAAGACCUACGAGAGAUUCCUACUAUCCUACGAGACACACGAGCGUCGCAACGGCACUAAAUACCUCAGCGUGAACGGAAAACCGAAGAAAGACUCCACCCCCAUAGACACCAUCGACGUGACCGAGUCCCCCCUCCGAGAAACCAAGACCAAACCCGACCCCCCACAGGACAAGCGACUGAGAACCCCAUCGCCCAAACCAGAAGUGUCCUUCAACUCGGAGACCGGAGAGACAGAAGUCAAAGACUUGAGCAAACCAGCUGAGGAGCUGAACAAAGAAUUCCUAGAUUCACUGCCUAAAGAUGAAAAGAAAGAAAAAGAUGCACCGAAAAUCAGUGUCAAACCGGUAGAGACGCUUCUAGAGAACAAUCUGGCUGAGUAUUUUAAAAGUAGCGAAGUGGUUAAGAGUUUGGCAGCGGAUAACAGUGCGUUGAUAGCUGAACUAGCUAAUAAGUAUAAUUUGAAGGAUUCGACCAAGAUUUUGGAGGAGAUUGCGAAUAAGAAGCUGAGUGAUGGAAGUAAUCUGUUUUUAAAUGAGUUGGCUAUGAAACUUAAUUUGGGUCACCCGGACUCGACGGGCGCCAGCGACCUGUCGCGCCGCGCCGCGCACGCCGCCAGCAACGGACACGCUGACACCGACAACUCUGAGAAGCGCUCGGUGGCCCGCAACGCGCAGCGCAGCUCGCUCCGCUCCGUGCGCGUCAAGCCGGCGCGGGAGGCGCGCGCCUUCAACACUACCACGCCGUCGCUCCGGCCAGACUCAGCCUCCUCCUCCCCUCCCGUGUCCAGCUCCACCCCCCGCACCAACUUCGGCAUCGCCUACCCCCCGCCCCCCGCGCACGGACACGUCUCCUCCACCAACAGCCACGAAGACGACGACGAAAUAGUCGAGGUACCGUACAAGCCCAAAACACCAGAGAUCAUCGACCUAGACGAAUACCCCGAAAGCCCUCAAAGCGUGAAAAAGAAAAAGCUAGAUAUUUUGAAGGAAAGAGGGUUAGAAGUUACGGCUAUACCUAGCAAUUGGACGCCGGCGGUUGUUCCUAACAUGGUCCCGAUGUUAAACCCGGCGAUGCAACAUCAGCUACUGACUAAUCCAAUGUUCCAAAUGUACAGUAUUAUGCCUAGUUUCGCUAACGGCGCGCAACCGCCUCCGAAAGUCAUACAAGGCAUGAGUGUAUUCGGCUCCAGUGGCACAGAAAAGACGGUUUACGGCAAUCCGAAAGAUCCGUUUAUGCCUCCGCCGCAUAUUCUGCAGGGUACUCCUAUUAAGCCUCCCAGGGCACCCCCUGUCAGCUCGUCGCCUCAACCCCCGGCUAAAGACAUAAUGGACUUAUCUAAGCCUCAAGGACCAUCCCCGCAGAAGCCCGCAGUAGAAAUAGUUCGCGUCCCCAACAUUCCGUCACCAUCUAAAAACGUCCCUCAAAACCUUUCCGCUAAGAAUUAUACGCUGAUUGAUGGAAAAGCAGUCGUGGGGUCCAAUUUAGAGAUCACCCUGGUCAAUCCGAAGAGCCAGACGCCAGGUAAGAAUAGGCCUCCGCAGAAACGCUCGUCCAAUGGCAAGUUUACUUCUGCUAAAACGCCAACGCCACCGAAAGAAGGGUACCCUAAAGCGUACGCCUCUCCUUCGCCUUCUGGCGUUCAGAAGGAUCGCAAGCCCAACAUUAUUAUACCAAAUUACCAGAUUAAUUCUACCAGAGAUGACCCGUCACCUACUGGGUCUACUGGUUCAAGGGACUCUCAGUCUAGUUUACUGCAGAAUAAUCUUCUAAACGCAUAUAAGGGGCAGAAUAAUCUAGCUCAACUCAUGGAAAUGCAGGCAAAAAGCGCCGUCCCAGCCUUAAGUCCCUUCAUGGAUCCCAUGUACAUGUCAGCGUUGUAUUCAAGCCUGGCUGGACAGAUGGACCAGAGACAGAUGGCUCUGUAUAGAGACUUCAUGGCAAGCCAGGUGCGGGGGUUCCCCGGUCUGCUGAAUAUGGGCGCUAUAGCCAACACGCCGACAACGAAGAAUUAAGAGGAAACAAUUAAAAAAUCUAGUCGUAAGUUUUUGUGAUAUGACAACACUCGAUGUUUAGACGUUUUAAUUUGAAUGUAGCAACACUGCCGGUUGAUUUUUAAAAGGGUUAAUUUUAAUUUUAGAAUUUUAAUAAAUGAUUGAAAAAAAAAGAAUUCGCGCUUCGCGCUGAUCUCCGUAGGAUUUUGUGUUUUAAUUAAUUAUAGUUUUGUUUUUAAAAUAAUGAAGAGAAAAAUGUGGGAACAAUCUUUUUGAUUUUAGUUUGCAACCGAUUUAGAAUUUUCGUCCUAGUUAGAAUUUUUUGUAAAUAGUAGCUUUUAAAAUACAAUUUUCCACUAUAAAGUAGUUCAAUUGAUAGCUAGUAAGAUAUGUCUGUAUGUUCGUUUGUUUGCCGAUGUGUUGUUGGUAGGUACUAAGUAUUAUUUUCCAAAUGAUAAGUAAUUUGUAAAUAACUAUAAUGAUUAAUUAAUGUUUCGUUUUACUGUAAGACACAGCGCGCACGUGGUUGUAAGAUAUUUGCCGUACAAAUAAAUGAUUAAAAAUA